UUGCUGCACUUUAAAUACUUUGACGACCUUCCUCGUUGAAAACAAGCGGAAAUAUGAUAUCGAAAGUGACAAUCGUCGCGUGCGUCUUGGUGGUGCUGGCGUCGAUGAGUGCGGCGCAGAGUUACGCCGGCAGCAGGCCGUGGUACGACAUGUACGGGCCCCAGACCGACACACCACCCGCCACCUCGACCUCGACCUCGACCUCAACCUCAAACACCUCAAACAACAACGUCAACAGCGGCGGAAUUGGAGACCGCAACCAGUUCCUCACGCCCGUCGAUUCCGUCAGCUUCAGAUACUACAACAAUGUGCCCAUCGAAGGACCCGGCAAGCCGUGCGUCGGAUGCGUUUACAGGCUCACCAGCAACGGGUUUGUCAUGGUCAGGCCUUGAAGAGUGCUGAGAAGAGGAAAUUUCCGUACAUUUUGUAUUCUGGACUGAUAUUGGUAAAAAUGGAUAUAUUCAAUAUUCUUGUUUAUUUUUGCUCUAGUCAUAUACAAUAAAAUACAACAAUAAAAAUAUUUUCAAAUUAAAA